CGUGUGGCUGGCUCCCGGCGGCGGUGCGGUCUCCAUGUCGUGGAUAUUGGGCUCGAACUGGCGGUCUCCCCCCGUGGCGGGGGAUGGAGGCCCGGCCCUGCCGCCCCCUCCCUCCGCCGGCGGCCCCGCAGCGGGGGACGGAGCCGGGGACCGGCACACGCCCAAGGACAAAUGGAGCAACUUUGACCCCACCGGGCUGGAGCGGGCGGCCAAGGCGGCCAGGGAGCUGGAGGCCUCCCGCCAUGCAAAAGAUGCUCUUAGUCUUGCUCAGCUGCAGGAACAGACAUUGCAAAUGGAGCAGCAGUCCAAAAUUAAGGAAUAUGAGGCAGCCAUUGAACAGCUGAAGAAUGAACACAUCCGGGUACAAGGAGAUGAGAAAAGAAAGACACUAAGUGAAGAAACCAGACAGCAUCAAGCGAGGGCCCAAUAUCAGGACAACCUGGCAAGGCAGCGCUAUGAAGCGCAGCUGCGGCAGCAGCAACUCCUUAAUGAAGAGAACUUGAGGAAGCAGGAGGAAUCUGUGCAGAAGCAGGAAGCAAUGAAGCGAGCCACUGUGGAGCGGGAGAUGGAGUUGCGGCACAAGAAUGAGAUGCUGCGUAUCGAAGCAGAAGUGCGAGCCCGCGCAAAGGCUGAGCGUGAGAAUGCAGACCUCAUUCGGGAGCAGAUCCGCCUGAAAGCUGCUGAGCAUCGCCAGACAGUGUUAGAUUCCCUCAAGACAGCGGGUACGUUGUUUGGAGAAGGAUUUCGUGCCUUUGUAACAGACUGGGAUAAAGUUACAGCCACGGUGGCAGGUCUGACCCUGCUGGCAGUGGGGAUUUACACGGCCAAGAACGCUACUGGGGUUGCAGGGCGGUACAUAGAAGCUCGUCUGGGCAAGCCCUCCCUGGUGAGAGAGACCUCGCGCAUUACUGUGCUGGAGGCACUCAAGCAUCCCAUCAAGGUUGGCAAGCGUCUUACCAGCAAGGCUCAAGAUGCUCUUGAAGGAGUUGUUCUCAGCCCCAAGCUGGAGGAGCGGGUGAGAGACAUUGCCAUAGCAACACGAAAUACAAGAAACAACAAAAGUUUGUACAGGAAUAUCCUUAUGUACGGCCCGCCUGGUACUGGGAAGACUCUCUUUGCCAAGAAAUUAGCCAUGCAUUCAGGCAUGGAUUAUGCCAUCAUGACAGGUGGCGAUGUCGCCCCCAUGGGGCGGGAAGGAGUUACUGCCAUGCACAAAGUCUUUGACUGGGCUAACACAAGUAAGAGAGGCCUCUUGCUGUUUGUAGAUGAAGCAGAUGCAUUCCUACGGAAGAGGGCAACAGAGAAAAUCAGUGAAGACCUAAGAGCGACAUUGAAUGCAUUUCUGCACAGGACGGGACAGCACAGCAACAAGUUUAUGCUUGUUUUAGCAAGCAACCAGCCCGAGCAGUUUGACUGGGCCAUCAACGACCGAAUCGAUGAAAUGGUGAACUUUGACCUACCGCAGCUACAAGAGCGGGAGCGUCUGGUGAGGAUGUAUUUUGAUAAGCACGUCUUGAAGCCUGCCACAGAGGGGAAACAGCGUCUAAAGCUGGCCGAGUUUGACUACGGGGCAAAGUGUUCUGAGAUUGCCAAGUUGACGGAGGGCAUGUCUGGCCGAGAGAUCUCCCAACUCGCCGUGGCAUGGCAGGCUGCAGCCUAUGCGUCCGAGGACGGCGUCCUGACCGAGGCCAUGAUCGACGCCCGCGUGGCUGACGCGGUGCAGCAGCACAAGCAGAAGAUGGAGUGGCUGAAAGCGGAGGGCACAGACCCGAGCAAGGAGGCUGGCAAGAGCCAACGGCUGCCUCUCCCCGUGGGGCUGGCUGUCUGAGAAGCUGCAGACUGGUGUGCGUGGGGAGGGCGGCGGGGAAUGACGUCGGAGGGUUGGUUGGCCGGCCGUGUUGGUGGAAUCAUGUGCUGGAGAUGGGCGCCCAGUGGUGCCAGCCGUGCAGAGAUGGGAGCUGCCCAGGCCCUGCCCUCUCAAUUUUAUACUUUUAGGGAACACCAGAAAUAAAUGUGUCUUUUAAAGCAGGCUGAAGAAGCCGCCACAUUAAAGGAGCCCCCUUGCCACAAAGCCAUUGCCUUGCUGCUAGUCUGUGGCCUUUCUCCUGAGAGCACCGAAGUCAACCCCCUCUGUCUGCCAUUGGACCCCUUGUGAAAGCCAGCAGCCAGGCCGUGUGGGCACCCGGGAAUCGCCGUGCCCUCCGGCUGAGGCACACCCUGCUGGCUGACCCGAGGGGUGUUCCCCAGCAGUGUGGAUCCCUCAGCUCCGGCUCAUUCACGUCUUGCCCCUGGCAUCCCCUGGUGCAAAUGCACCCCGGGCUCCCCAUCCCGCUGCCUGGGCUGUGGGUGGAGCUGGGAGGGAUCAGUGCAGGCUCCCAUUGGCGGUUGGGCCGUGUCUCCGGGAGGAAAGCUCCUGUGAGUGCUGCGGUUUGGCUGCAUGCCCUGCUGGAUGGUGGGGUGACGGACAGGCCUAUGCCGGGGUUAUGGUGUUUGCAGGUAAAACAAAUCCCUUGUUGAGUGAUUCUCCCUUCCCUGGUGGAAAGCUGGGGCCUCCCUCCCUCACGCUAAGCACGAAUAACCGAGGAAAUCACUGGUGCUGGUGGCUUCCCUCCUCCCGUUCCACAUGGGCACCUCUCCAAGUGUCUCGCCGGCUGGCCCGCCUGGUGGCUGGACACCGCUGCGGGGCUGCUGCCUGUCCCGGAGCAUUGCUGGCAGCAGCACGGCACAGCAGCUACAUGCUUCUGCCAUGGCCGAAUCUCCCCACAGUGUGUCCCUUCUGCACACCAAACGCUGCUGCGACAGCGCCAGGCUUGCCCCGAGCUGCCCAGAGAGCAGCUGGACAUUGUGUUCUCCCCAGGCAGGACCCGUCGUGUGGCUGAGUUUUAACACUUGCGGCGUGGGUGUAGCGUCCCUGCGCAGGGAGUGUCGCGCCUGGUGUGAGAUCAGCCGGGACAAACCCCACAAAAUCCCCCAGUAGCCGAGAGCUGUGUAGAACAAAAUUCCUCCCUUCACACGGGGCACCGUAGAAUAAACCUGCCUGGGCCUUGCCUUGGAGUUCACAUGGCUGCUUGGAUCGAGUAGAUCAGCUGGCACCUGCAUUCCCCAUAGCAGCGAUCUUAGAGGCAGCCCUUGGACUCCGAGCAAGUGGCCGAUGUGGCCUAUGGGGGGACACAGUACGGUGACCCUGUGCUAAAAUGAUAGUGCCUCUCGCAGGUGACGGCCUGUGCUAAGGGAUUCACUGGUUCCCUGCUGCCGGAGCGCACGUUCCCGGGAGAUGCUGUGUCCAUCCAGCCUCUUGCUGCCCUGUUCGGUUAGGGAGCAGUGAAGGCUUUGACGUGGAUUUUGUUUCCAUGUAAUUCUGCCCUCCAAGGAGUCUCCGAGCUGGUGGGUCCUAGUAAACAGGUGGCCAUGGCAGGAAAAGCACCAGCCCCACUGGCAAAGGAUUGACCUGGCCCUCAACAGGACUCCUCGUGCCCUACGGCAGGCCUCCCUGGGGCAGGCUUGCUCUCCAGGGGGGUUAACUGGCCUGGCCGCUCUCCGUGCCGUGGGGAUAUCAGUCUCCAGGGCCGGCGGGCUAGCACCUGUCAGUGGGUAAACAGCGUGGCAGCUCAGAUGCUGUUUUAUCAUGGGUGGGAGCAAUGGGAGAUGC